AUGUCCCGUGGGGUGACAGGAGACACCAAGGGCUGUGCCCCACAGGACCGGAUGCCAAAGGCCGUGGUCCCCAUGGGGGGACACACAGGAUUGUCUCCCUGUGGGAUGGGGGACAGUGAGGACCGCGUCUCCAGAGGGCAAUGGGGGAUGCCAAGGGUGAACGGGCUGGCGGCGCUGGGCAAGUACGAGGGCAGCGGGGACGACUCGGGGGCCGCCGGGCAGUCCCUCUACGUGGCCAACCAUCUGGCGGUGCCCGUCGCCGUGGUCUUCGCCCCGGGGUCGGUGCCCGGGGACCUGCCGAGGCCGCUGCCGUUCAGGGACGUGCAGGAGAUGGAGAUUUCCGUGAACCUGAGAACCAGUAUCACGUCCCGCUACGAGACAGUCUAUCGCAGCACCACGGCUCAGGAGGAGGCAGCGCUGGAUGUGGCUACUGCACGAGAGGCUGACGCUGCUCUUCACCUGCUGCAGGAUGCCUCGCUGGGCGCUCUGACCGUGUACGUGGUCCCCGAAACCUCCUCUCACCUGCCUCAGGGCAUCAACGUCUAUGUGGGGAAGCACCGCAGCGCCCUGGUAAGGGCUGGGGGGGGCCUGGCCACCCUCCGCACCCGCCUCCAGCAGCUCACGCAGGUGAUGUCCUUCACGGCCAGCUCCAUCGCCGCCGCCCUCUCGGACCGCCUGCCCGACGGCCAGCUCGGCCCUGACGCCCGGCGGCACUUGAAAUCCAGCCUGGGGUACGAGAUCACCUUCAGCCUGCUGAACCCCGACCCCAAGUCCCACGCCGUGGACUGGGACAUCGAGGAUGCCGUGAACCGCUACGUGCAGCCCGUCCUGGACAAACUGAGCUUGGUGGCCAACUUCUCUGUUGACUCGCAGAUCCUGUACUACGCUGUCCUAGGAGUGACGCCGCGCUUUGACAAGGAGUCCUCCAGCUUCCUCCUGAGCGCCCACAGCCUCCCGCAUGUCAUCAACCCUGUGGAGGCCAGGCUGGGCUCCAGUGCUGCCUCGCUCUACCCCGUCCUGAACUUCCUGCUGUACGUGCCAGAGCGUUCCCACUCCCCUCUGUACAUCCAGGACAAGGACGGAGCCCCAGUGAGCACCAAUGCCUUCCACAGCCCCCGCUGGGGCGGCAUCAUGGUUUACAACGUUGAAACCCCUGCUUCCCCCCAAGCCUCCCUCCCGCUGCACGUGGACGUGGACAUGGUGCGAGUGAUGGAGGUUUUCCUGGCCCAGCUCCGGUUACUGUUUGGAUUAUCUCGGGAGGAGCUGCCCCCUGAGUUCCUGCUGGAGAGCCCAGGGAACGAGGGGCUGGCCAACUGGGAGCUGGACCGCCUGCUCUGGGCCCACACCGUGGAGAACAUCGCCACCGUGUCCACCACAUUGACCUCGCUGGCCCAGCUCCUGGACAAGAUUGGGAACAUUGUCAUCAAAGACGAUGUUGCCUCUGAGGUGUACCGAGCGGUGACCUCGGCGCAGAGUGCCAUGGCCAAGCUUGCCGUGGGCCACCUGCACUCGGCUUUCCAGGCCAGCAAGGAGGCAGUCACCUCCUCGGAGCGGGCCUUCUUUGACCCGUCUCUGCUCCAUCUCCUCUACUUCCCUGAUGACCAGAAAUUUGCCAUCUACAUCCCGCUCUUCCUGCCCAUGGCCGUUCCUAUUCUCCUCUCCCUGGCUAAGAUCGUCCGGGAGGCCAGGCAGCGUAAGAAAGAGCCCACCAAGAUGGACUGAGCCCAUCGCGAUGGUGCCCUGCCUUGGGGCUGGGGCCGUCCCCACCUCGUGCAACGUGUUGUCACGGACCCACGGCCCAAGAAGGCGCCCCGGAACUGUGUCAGGGCCAGGCCUGGCAGCUCAGCUUGGGUCUGCCACGGCCAAAAGACCAGGAGCGGGAAGAGGGGCUGCUUUGAGGGGUGGGAGGUGCUCUCAGUCUGGGUCCUGAGCCCUCCACCCAGCAAUGCUGAGAUCCGAGAGGAGGGGGGGGGACUCCCUGUGUUCACCCCCUGUCCCUGCGCUGUAUUCGGAACAAGCUGCUGUACAAAUAAAGAAAAACCCCGGUUGUGCGGGGGUCUGUGUCAACCUCC